UAUCCACACAACCCCCAGCUCUUUUCCUCUCACUUUGAGCUCAUCUUCACUAGUUAAUUAAAGAGAAGGAUGGAGGGGUAUGAUGACUACCAAUAUUGGCCUUUCUUUGACAAUGAUCAUGAUCAGUUUGUUGAAAGUUUGGCAUUUGAUGAGGAGCAACAACCAAUAUUCUCACACUCACAGUGUUAUGACUCAAGCUCACCGGAAGGUGGUGGCGCUUCUCCCCCCUCCUCCGCCACUAAAAACAUCGUCAUGGAGAGAAACCGUCGCCGUAAACUCAACGAUCGUCUUUAUGCUCUUCGCAGUCUUGUACCUACUAUCACCAAGUUGGAUAAGGCUUCAAUAAUCAAGGAUGCAAUUGAUUACAUUAAAGUGCUUCAAGGACAAGAGAAACAGAUGCUGGCAGACAUGAACGAGACAUUGAAACUUUCAGAGAGAGAAGACAAAGGAAAGCUUGUUAUUACUGAUGAGAUGCAGGUCCUUACUGUAAACCCAUUUUUGAUUAUUAAUCCCAGCAAGAAGCCAAGAACUAAGAUAAUGAGAAGCUCUUCUUAUUCCCCUUCUUCUUCUGCUGCUGUAGUUUCUCCAACCAUUGAAAUCAUUGAGUUGAGAGUGUGUGAGUUUGGAGAAAGAUGCAUGAAUAUAAGCGUUACUUGUAACAAGAAAAGAGAUACUUUGGUUAGGGUUUGUGAGGUCUUUGAUUCACUAAACCUCAAAGUCAUCACUGCCAACUUCACUGCUCUUUCUAGCACUCUCUUGCAUACUCUCUUUGUUGAGAUUGAUGGGAUGAACUGUUAUCAAAUGGAGAAGAUGAUUAGAUCCGCCAUUGAAGAGGUUGAUAAUGCAACAAGUCCUAUGAGUAUGAGUUGUUAAAGAAGAUAACAACAACAAUCUAUUGAAGAUUCAUAAUCUUAUUAAUUAUUAUAAGUUUUCCUUAUAUUUUUUUUCAUUCCAUUUUAGUUGGAGUUUAUGAUCUGGUUUUGAACCCUUGUGUGUAAAUUAAUUAUGUCUCAAUUUCGUGUACUACUACUUCCUUUUAAAUGCAACUUAAGAGUAUUUGUGAUUAAUA